UCGGGUCAUAACAAGGCUACCCCACUAAUUCGAAGCAGUGUUGCCAAACCAAAUCAACACAAGGAUGCCACUCAAGAUCAAGAAGUCGCUGGCGGAGAUGCCAGAUCGGAGGAAGCAUUUGUAAAUAAACAAACAUUGCUAGCAAUGGCCAAGGAAAUGAUUCCGAUAUUCGACGGUGCUUCUAACAACAAACUCAAUGUUAGCACAUGGGUCGCCCAGCUCAACGCGGUCUCAAAAAUGUUUAAGCUAAGCGACGAUGUAAUUCGCAUGCUAGUGAUGUCCAAAUUAAAGGACCAUGCUCAAAUUUGGUUGCACUCUUCGGAACGUUUGCUGACUUUGCCGGUUCAAGAACUUCUAUUUCAACUUGGUGAAGCUUUCCACGGUAAGGAGAGCAAAAUAAUAUCUCGACGCAAGUUUCAAGAGCGCAAGUGGAAACCGUCGGAAGAUUUCUCCACAUACUUCAAAGAAAAAACGCUGUUGGCUACACAGAUUCGAAUAGACGAUGAGGAGCUAAUCGACAACAUCAUUGAAGGGAUUCCCGACUCCCUUCUACGACAACAGGCACACAUGCACUGUUUUAAUUCGUCUGCGCAGAUGUUGCACGCAUUUGCCAAGGUCUCGUUACGUAAACCGCUACUUUCUCCGGCUGGACGUGUUAAGGUUUCGUUCGAUAAGGAACCUGGUUCGGCGCCUCCAAAAAGGUGCUUCAAUUGCAAUGCUGUUGGGCAUUUCGCCGCCGACUGCCGCAAGCCCAAGCGCGAGUAUGGAGCCUGCUACGCAUGUGGCAGUAAGGAUCAUCUGGUGUACAACUGCACUGAGAGGAAGUUCGUAUCCGACAACGAAUAUAAUGCCUAAUCGAUUCUGGAAGUCCAAUUAGUUUCAUAAAGAAGUCAUACGUCGAAAAAAUUUUGAAAAAGGAAGAUAUUACGUUAAAUGGAAAGAUUCUUAAAAAUUAUUUUGGCUUAAACGGUAGCCCUUUAGAUAUAAUUGGAAAAAUAUCAUGUUUCGUUAUUAUCAAUAAAGAAAUUCUAAAUUUUGAGUUACUAAUUGUGACAGACAGAUCGAUGGCAUAUGGAACAGUUUUGGGAAGAGAUUUUAUGAAAAUUAGUAAUUUUAAGAUUGUU